GUGCGUGAUUCUCCCGCCCCUCCCCAGACGGCCGCAUGGAGGUGGAGUGCCACGAUGAGCACAUGGUCGCCAGGAUCCCGAAGGACGUCCUCCUGGGACUCGGCGCCUCUUCGCUCAGGCUGCGCACGCAGGCCGAGGGCUGUGCGCUGCGGGACGACGGGAAGUUCGUCGUGUUCAACGUCUCGCUCGCGGCUUGCGGGACCGACUUUGAGGAAAAGGAAAGUGACUUUGUGUUCACACAGACUGUAACCCUUGUGACUGCCGAUAGCAGCAUGGUCGUGACAUACGACUACAUCAGCAUCCUCGUCAACGCAAUAUGCAAAAUUCCAAGGUUCAAGUUGCUGAGUCAAGGUGUCUUCAAGGCGAAUUGGUCUAAAAUGUCCUUGGAACAGAUCGCUUAUGCAAGCCUGGAUCUGAAGAUGGAUUUCUACACGGAUGCACAGUUUACGGAGGCUUUUUCUCCGAGCCAGUACCCACUGAGCUUGUCGCUGGGCCAAUACUUGUACCUUCAGGUGUCGAUCAAAAGCGGCCUUGACCUUGUGCUUUUCACUAUAGACUGCUACGCUACACCCACCAGCAGCUCCCAGGACUCGGUAAAGCACUACCUCAUCUCUGAAGGGUGCCUCAACGCGGACGUCCACAACCACACGGCCAGCCGGACAAAGCGGCGCUUCAGUUUCAAGGCUUUUUCCUUCGCAAUGGCAAACGCGCAACACUUCUACGUCCACUGCUACAUGUUGGUGUGCAAGACAACGGAGCUCGACUCGAGGUGCUGGAGGGGCUGCGCGCAGCAGCCGCGACGGAGGAGCAGCAGCAGCAGGAGCAUCUCGUCUGUGUCGUCGCCGGUCUACCUGCUCACCCGUGGCCCCCUAGUGAGGUGGCGUGAUGAGACUCCUGCGCUGGAAGGGAUGGCGCACUUCAGCACGCCCGUUUUGAUGGCUGUGUCUGCGUGUGUCACCGCUCUGCUCAUGCUUGCUGUGUGCGUGAUUAAGUUGAACUCUGCUCGUAUUUUUUUCCUGUGCAUGAGAAAAUAAAAUGAGGGGCAUGAAGAGGUGUACGCUUGAAGCCUUUCAUUUCAGAGUGGUUGUGUUUGAUUUCUGGUGCUGCCAAAUUGCUCUAAAACUCCGCUUUGUGUACACGUGAUCUUUUGUACCAGAGCAGUGUGCCUACGGUGAUGUUUCUGUCCAUGGACGCUGGUCAAUUCAAAGGAACCCAGUGUGUGCGCAGA